CUCUUGGCCUCCUAACACUUCCAUAAACUUCCCUUCCAAUCCCUUCUUAAAAUAAUUAAGAUGGCAUCCCAGACCAUCGAGAGCUACCGUGAAGGCGCCGAGGUCUACCGCGGCGACGACAUCUGCAAGAAGAAGUCCAUCGAAUUGCUCGAAGAGCUCGGCCUCCCCAAGGGUCUGUUGCCCCUCGUCGACAUCGAGGAGUUUGGCUACAACCGUGCGGCCGGGUUCAUGUGGCUCAUCCAGAAGAAGAAGAAGGAGCACACUUUCAAGAAGAUCAAGCAGACGGUGUCGUAUGCCACCGAGGUGACGGCUUUCAUGGAGCAGCGCAAGAUGAAGAAGAUAACUGGGGUGAAGACGAAGGAGUUGUUGCUGUGGCUCUCUGUUGUGGAGGUGUACAUCGAUGCCCCCUCGUCGGAGAAGGUCACUUUCAAGACCGGCACCGGGCUGUCUGAUAGCUUCCCGGCGUCUGCCUUCGAGCUCGAGUAGUUUGAGAGAGGAAAGAGGGUGGAGGGACUAGGAUUUUAAUUCCUAGCUCUUUGAGAUGGAGAAUGGGAUUCGGGAGUUUUCUCUCGAUCUAUUGAGAACAUUGCCAAGAUUUUAGUUUCUGACUUAUUUUUCACUUAAUAUUUGCUGUUGUAUCAAAUUAAAGUUCAAUUAAUGGUCUCGUUAUGAUAUUAUGGUUCA